CUGGCGGAGCCAGAGGACGCCCUUCAGAUCCUGUUCUGCGUGGUUAUGACGCUCCCGCUCGCUCAAAUGUCGUGGCCUGACUUCCUGUUUGCGCGAUGCCCACUAUAGAUGCCAUCCGAGAAGCAGGACGUCGACCGAGGACUCCGGCCUGCUUCGUCCAUGCAGGAGCACUCAUAUGGAUAGAGUCCGCCGAGCGAUACGAGUCUGCUCGAAAGAAUUUACAUUCGACCCAAGGCCUCUCAGUCCUGACAAUUUCGGAAGAAUUGCGUUUCACACCUACCCUGUGCGACUGGAAAUUCUCACCGCAGAUGUGAUGGCCAUCCUCACAUCGAAGACUAGGUAAAGCUUUACCUCCUCCUCCAUGCUUCUGGCCUCGGCAACUCAAAAGCCCCUGUCCGGAACUGUUCCGACCAGGGCUUGUAUCCUCCUG